GAUAUAACUCACUCCUAAAAGCGGAACUGCGUCAGAACUUCCUCUGUGCAGUGUGUGUGCAACAGGUCACUGACACGUUCUACCCAGCCAUGGAUUCUUCCUUCAAAUACAAUGAAUUUAUCAGUGAUUUCUCCGAUUAUGAUUUGAACUACACAUCCCUCGGUUCAUAUGAUUUGAACUACACACUGCCCGUGUUCCCUGACUCUCUGACGCCUGAGAUGCAACCGAUCCAGAUCGCGUCUCUGGUUUUCUACGGCCUGGUGGUCCUGCUGGGGGUCCCCGGGAACGCUGUGGUGGUCUGGGUGACGGGCUUCUGCAUGCCCCGUUCCGUCACCUCCCUCUGGUUCCUCAACCUGGCGCUGGCGGACCUCCUGUGCUGCCUCUCGCUGCCGCUGCUCAUGGUGCCUCUGGCCCACGACGACCACUGGCACUUCGGAUCCCUGGCCUGCACGUUGGUGAAAGGCCUGUUUUACCUGGUGAUGCACUGCAGCGUCCUGCAGCUGGUUCUGAUCAGCGUGGACCGCUGGAUGCUGGUCAGCAGGCCCGUGUGGUGUCAAAACAAAAGGCGUCCCAAACAGGCUGCUCUGGCCUGUGUGGCUGUGUGGGUUCUGGCGCUGAUCGGCAGCAUCCCCCAGUUUGUCUACACCAAGCAGAUCGAGGCGGGUGAGGAGAAGCGAGAGUGCGUCACGGUGUACUCUCAGCUCAGCGCCAGGCUCGUCAUCUCCUACCGCUUCCUGGUUGGAUUCCUGCUCCCCUUCCUGGUGAUCGUGGCCUGUCACCUGGUGGUUUACAGCCGGGCGGAGAGCGGGGUCUCUCGGAGUCGGACCCGGUCCAAGCGGACGCUGAGGGUCAUCGUUGUGGUGGUGCUGAGUUUCUUCCUGUGCUGGCUGCCGCUGCACAUCGUGGACUUCAUGGUGCUGUUGACCCUGCGUAACUCCCCUCAAAGUCCCAAGCUGUACCUGGCGCAGGUGUUAUCGCUGUGCCUGGCUUACUUCAACAGCUGCCUCAACCCGCUGCUCUACGUGUGUCUGGGUCGGGGGUUCAAAGACAGCAUGAACCGCUCGCUGCGCAACAUGCUGCACUUCAUCAGCGAGGAGCCGGCGUCCAGAGUGAGCAUCACCAACAACGACACCAAGAGCUCCUCAUAUGCAAAGGACACAACUAAAAUCUGAGGCUGUUCUCACUUAUUAGCUACUCUGAAGAAAAGUGUUAUAUACCCAUGACCAAGAGUAAGGGAGACUAGGGCGGUUGCAACCCUUUUGGAUUAUUCUAAAACAAUGUUUGGUCUAGAGUGACCACAUUUUGAUAUAUUAAAUGUACAGCUGUCUGCUAGUUAGCCAUACAAUCGUACCCUUACCCCACAUCGAUAUACUGUGUUUUUUGCUAUUCUGAUAAAAGUGUUUCUAUCCAACUGGGUACGGUUGCAACACCUUUGUAUUUUUGAGUUAUUUUCGUCUAGAGUAACCACAUUUUAAUAUAUUAAAGUUACAUCUGUCUGAUAGAUAGCCAUACAUGUUAAAGAUGAUUACAUAUGACAUUCACAACAAUUUAACAUAAAUAGUUUACGAUAUUUAUUUGAAUAGAAGAAGUCAGAUGUUUUGCGACUGACCCGAACCCUGCGAAAUCCCCCUCGGGCCCAAUCUUUACCUGAGCAGGUGUUAGCACUUCCUAUACAGUUAUUCCCAAGAUAUCAACAAAUGUUAUUGCAUCAAGUGUCUCAUACCAAACGAGGACUUAUAUUUUGAAAUGACUUACUUUGUACUCCAUAGAUAAUUUGACCAUUUAGUAAAGUAAAAUUGCAACACAAAAAGGCAUUACAUUUCACUAUUUAACUUCUGAUGUUCUGCCUUAAUGAGCAUACUAUUCUUAACAUAUCUACAAUCAUGUUAGUUUUAUUUUUCUGCCCUGCUCCCUGGAACACUUUUCUUGAAACAUACGCGUCCAAUGACCUCAGCUUGAGGAACAACAUGAAGUGAAAACCCAAACCAUGCAGUUUUCUCAGCUAAUUUUGGAGAAGGGUUUUUGCUGAUGCAGUUGAAUGAUGCAUUUAUACAUUGGCAUUGUCAAAAUUAGAAAUUAAGGAACAAUUUGGCAAUAUUUCCUGUGGACAUUCAGGUCAUGCAACAAAAACACUUCUGUUUUUCGCUCCAAUUGGAUGUCUUUUUAGCCAUUUCUAUUAAGAAUGUACAACCUGUUUGAUCUCUGGAUUACUUUUUGUGUGAUGUAAUUCAAGUUUAAUGUAAAUGUAUGUAAACCAUGUUUCAUAUAUAUUUGUAUAGUUCUUGGAGUCAUAUUGUCUAACAGUAGCCUGCAAUGACCACCAGAGAGAGCUACUCUCUAGAUAUCUGAUUUCCAGUGGCUUAGGGGUGCAUUAUACAUAUAUAUGUUCACAUUCAUGCAGAAAGACCGAUGUUUAAGUGUGUCAGACCCAAGAGACCAAAGAGAGAUGUUAGUGAUGUUUGUAAAUGGGCUGUACUUAUAUAUCUCUUUCUUUCUACGAGUCAUUCUCCCAUUCACACCUCAUUCAUACAGAGCAGCACCACUUGCUCCAGGGAAGCUAACAUCCACACACACUCACACACAAUUUAUCGUAAUUUAUGAUGUUUUACAUUCAACUUUCUGUACCAUUUCCGAAUAAAGAAAACAACAAAAUGUGUUAAGAUUAA